AACUACUACAAGUAAUUCCCCCAUACACCAUCCAAUCCCCGAUAGACAUCUUCACACCAACCGUUCAAAACUUCCCCAUCGAUCCUUCGUUGUCAGCUCUCUCUACCCCGCCCCCCUUCUAAUGCCGGUCAAUCCGAAAUCACUACAUGAAACUGGAAUCUAAUCAAAUCCUACAUAUUCAUCCCGGAAAAAAAAACAAUAAUAAUCAAGUCCCAGAUAGGUUACUAUUGACUAUUUCCCUGGGUUUUUAUCAGAACAAGGAAUUACCCAGAAGAGAAACAGAGUGAGGAACAGAAACAGAGUGUUGUUUUUGUGAGUGGAUAGUUCAGAGGAGGAAGGACACAACCUGGGAAAGCUGGAUUGCAUUCAUGAAACCGUAGCUGCAUUUGCUUUUUGUCAGAGGAUGGGCGAUCCAGCGUACAGGGUGGAAACAACCUCACGUCUUGCCCAAUGGCGAAUCGACAACUUGACUUCCUGCACUUACCGCAAGUCUGAUCCUUUCAAGAUUGGCAUGUGGAACUGGCAUUUGGUUCUAGAGAAGAACAGGGGCAUGUUUGUUAGGUUAUACCCAGAAAUGUCCAAUCUUUCUAGAGAAAAGCCACCCAUUGUAUCUCUAAUCUUAAGGGUCGUUAAUACUUGUGGAGAUCGCAAGGCCAUGACUCACUCAGAAAUAAAAGACAAACUGAUCAAGCCCAGUGAAGACUUCGUUUGGGCAAUUGAGGCCCCACUGACUGGAAAAUUCAUUAUUGACGUUGAGUUCCUGGAUUUGAAGACGGCAUCCCCCAAGGAUGAACCUUGCUCCAUCUGGGAUGAUCAAAUUAUGCAGAAAACCUCCAAUGAAACAGCCCUUCAAUCCCUUAGUCGAAUGCUAGCAGAACACAUCCACACGGACAUCAUGAUCAAUGCUGCAGAUGGAAGCAUCCAGGCACAUCGCGCUGUUCUUGCUGCUCGAUCGCCUGUCUUCAGCAGUAUGUUCUCAUAUAAUCUUAAGGAGAAAGAGUUAUCUGCUGUAGACAUCCCAGACAUGUCAGUUGAAGCUUGCCAAGCCUUUCUCAAUUAUCUUUAUGGGAGCAUCAAGCAUGAAGAAUUUCUGACAAAUCGGCUAGUCCUUCUCUAUGCAGCUGAUAAGUAUGACAUAUCUGACUUGAAAGAGGCAUGCCAUAAGAGUCUUCUCAAAGAUAUUGAUUCCAAAAAUGUACUUCAGAGACUCCAACAUGCUUCUUUAUACGGAUUGCCGGAAUUGAAGAUGAGCUGUAUGCAAUAUCUUGUGAAAUUUGGUAAAUUAUAUGACAUUCGAGAUGAUUUCAAAGAAUUCAUGCAAUAUGCAGACAGGGAUCUAAUUGCUGAAAUCUUCAAUGAAAUUAUCACUACCUGGAAAGGAUUCUGAAGAUCUUCCGGUUUCAAAUGGGAGGAUCUAAAGGGUUUCCUUACAAACCAACCAAUUAGGUUGUUUUAAUAUAUGUUCUGCAGGAUUUGUCACAAUGAAAUUCUUUUGUUCAGAUUGAAUUUUUUCACCAUUUCCAUGUACAUAUUAUUUUAGGAUCUUUAGCCUUCAUAUGCAAACCAAGCUAUUGUUUUUCUUUUCUUUUUUUUUGUGGGGGGGGGGGGGGGACCACUAAGCUAUUCUUGUUAAUGAAAACACAAUUCUAUAUUACAUAGAACUUGUGUAAUGCAGAAGUCUUUGAUGUUUGUGAAUAAAGUAUUUUAUUUUCCAAGUCAA